AAAAAAAAAAAAAAAAGCCCGAGUUAAAGAUGGCGGAAGUCGAAGGAGAUGAGACCGCUCGGCCCGCAGCAGCGCCCCGCGUUAACGGUUCGGGGACGGGGGCUUCUGGUAGCCUGACCCCGACCACGGUGACCUCGGGUCCGCGCGUGGUUCGGAUAGUAAAGUCGGAAUCGGGAUACGGGUUCAACGUCCGCGGUCAAGUGAGUGAAGGCGGCCAGCUGCGGAGCAUUAACGGGGAGCUGUACGCUCCUCUCCAGCAUGUCAGCGCCGUGCUACCCGGCGGUGCGGCGGACCGGGCCGGUAUAGUGAAAGGAGACCGAAUACUAGAAGUCAACGGGGUGAGCGUGGAGGGGGCGACGCACAAGCAGGUGGUGGAUCUGAUCAGGGCUGGAGAGAGGGAGCUGGUGCUGACCGUCCUCUCUGUGCCGGCACAGGAAGCGGACGGACUCGAAGGCGGUGAGGAGAGCGCGGUGCAGCCCAACUUUGACUACAGCGACAAGCAGGCCGUCCCUAUUUCAGUCCCCACAUACAAACACGUGGAACAGCACUCAGAGAAGUUUGUGGUGUAUAACGUGUACAUGUCGGGCAGACAGUUGUGCUCGAAGCGCUACAGGGAGUUCGCAAUACUUCAUCAGAACCUGAAGAGAGAGUUUUCCAACUACAAUUUCCCAAAGCUGCCGGGGAAAUGGCCCUUUUCUCUGUCUGAACAGCAGCUGGACGCUCGCAGGAGGGGGCUGGAGGAAUACCUGGAGAGAGUGUGCUCAGUGCGGGUCAUAGGUGAGAGCGAUAUAAUGCAAGAAUUCCUGUCUGAAUCGAACGAGAACCACAACGGCGUAAGUGAUGUCGAGCUACGAAUAGCGCUGCCUGAUAAAACCACGGCCUCGGUGAGAGUCAGAAAGAACAGCACCACUGACCAGGUCUACCAGGCUCUUGUCAUGAAGGUUGGGAUGGACAGCAUCAUGGCCAGUUACUUUGCUCUCUUUGAAGUUAUUAACCACUCGUUUGUACGCAAACUGGCUCCUAAUGAGUUUCCGCACAAGCUGUAUGUUCAGAACUACACCUCUGCCGUGCCCGGGACAUGUCUCACAAUGCGGAAGUGGCUUUUCAGCACACAGGAAGAGGAACUGCUGCGGGACAACCCUCUCGCCCUGCACUACUGCUUUCAUCAGGCACAGGACGAUGUGAAGAAGGGAUUCAUUAAAGCGGAGGAUAAGGCAUACCAGCUGCAAAAACUAGCAGAACAGAGAAAGAUGACAACGUAUCUGAGUCUUUUGCGCUCAUGUGACGGAUAUAACGAGGUGACGUUCCCUCACUGUGCGUGUGACUCACGGAGGAAGGGUCACGUGAUCACGGCCAUCAGUAUGAAGCAUUUCAAACUGCACGCCUGCACAGAGGACGGGACUCUUGAGAAUCAGGUGAUUGUCUUCGAAUGGUCAGAGAUGCAGAGAUGGGACACAGAUGAAGAGGGUAUGGCUUUCUGCUUUGAAUAUGUGCGCGGAGAAAAGAAACCUCGCUGGGUCAAAAUAUUCACCCCUUAUUUUAACUACAUGCACGAGUGCUUUGAGAGGAUUUUCUGUGAGCUCAAGUGGAGAAAAGAGGUUGAAGACGAGGCCUCGGACAAAGGCAAUAAGAACUGUAGUAAUAAUGAUUACCUCUCGCCGCUGGAGCAGCAGAAGGGAUGGCGUCAUCUCGGGGGCGAGAUUGCCACUUCCUAAAACUCCCCUCUAGAACCCCUGUGGAAUUGUGCUUGAUCAUCACACUAGAGCAGACCAUAAUGACCAUCUUACCACGGCAACACCCUAGCGACGCCAUACCAACCACGUUUCCCACGGAGACAAAGUGUGCCUUUCAGAUGCAGAGCAUUCCAUGUGACAUCAACGGCAAUGCAAAAUGCCAUCAUCGCGGCAAAGCAUACGCGUAACUAUCGCUGCGGGGAUGUUCCGCACCAAUGGGUUCUGCUUUCAUUUCAUCGAUAGAUACUUUGAACUCGCAUAAGUUCAUGUAAAAUAUCACAAAGAUCUUCCACGCCAUCGAUUUUAGGAGACACGCUCUUCUGUAAGUCUAUUUUAGAGCCCUGUUGUCACGGCAGCGAGGUAAGGAACGACCACUUUGUGAUUUGAACAGCAGCAACCGUUCAUAAAUCUAUAUAGAAAUAUAGGAGGGGGGGGGGAAGUCAUGCCUUAACAAAAAAUAAUGUGUAGCAAGGUCACCGUAAUACGGGAUCUUUCUAAAAUGAUAUUGUGAUGGCAUUAAUGCUUGAUUUUCCCAGUAUUGCUGACUAAAGUGAGUUCAUUUUCAUCUUAUUUGCCAUUAAAUGAGGAGUUAAUGUGUGUGUGUGUGUGUGUGUGUGUGUGUAGAGUGACAGGACAGGAGUGUUUAUGGACGGGUGUAGUUUGCAUCAGCGACCUGCAGGGGGCCCCAGCAUCAAACAUAAGCAGCUGCUCUCAGGAUAAAGUUGUUUUUGCGUUCAGGUUAUUUGUUGGUCUCAGAGGAAACAUCACGGAGUCUUCGUCUGACUUGGUUUUAGUGUUAUUUAUUGUUUAAGACUGCAGAGACUUCCCUUGCUCGGUCACAGGGAGACAACAGCACCGCACCGUAACUGCUGACAGGAUCUAAAGAGGAAAAACAAGUUAUAGAUUGAGAAUAUCAGAAUAGUGUUUUUCUUAUAUGGAUUGAGGAGAAGGAACUGAGGCAGCAGGAAAUUGCUUUUAAAUUCCUCACCAAAUGUUAAAGUGACAGCCAUUUUGUUUUACAGAGUGGUCCGUUUGCUGUUUUUCUGUACCUUUCUUAACGCAUAAGUGGACAACCAGAGCUUAAAAUAUAGUUUAGCUAAAAAGAUACACAAAGGACUUUAGUGGGCCCCCCUUGUCACAGGAAUGGCACAAUUUGACCAUUUUCUUUAAAGGAAUAGUUCACCCGGAAAUUAAAAUGCGCUCGCUCCAUUCAUUCCUUCUAUGCUUUUCGCUUCACAAGAUGUAAACUGAUGGACUGCAGUUGUGUGAAGGUUUUUAUCCGCCGUUUGGGCUCUCUUUGUGACGGCACCCAUUCAAUGCAGAGGAUCCACCGGUGAGCAAGUGAUAUAAGGCUUAAUUUCUUAAUUGGAUGGGUAAAUGUUUAGCGACUGUUCAUUUUGUGGUGAACUGUUCCUUUAAAAGACAUGCAUGUUUAAUGCAAGUCAAAAGCUUUGCAUUCCAGCACAAUACAGUGAUAAAUCCGCUUAUCCUCAUCCAAAUGCUAAGGCCACCUUGGCUACAAUACCCUGAUCAAUAAGUGAGUUUGCUAUAUAUAUAUAUAUAUGUGUGUGUGUGUGUGUGUGUGUGUUCUACAUCAGAUUGCUCUCUGGUUAGAGUAAAAGACUCCUAUUAUAGCAGCACAGUAGCAUCUGUGAUUAAGCAUAUUUACACAAAACUUCAUUUGUGUAUUCAGUCCUGAUUAUUUCCGUAUCUGAUUAGUUCAGCCAGUUUAUAAAUGUGAAUGAAGAAAAGAAAAAAAAAAAAAAAAAAAGACCUGCGUGUCAUGUAAUUUGUGUUUUCGUCAGGAGUGAAGGUGCAACACUUUUUGUAUUGUUCGGAAAUGUUAAAAGUGUUCCACCUCGUAAUGUUCACCAGCGCUAUAAAAAAAAAUUAAUUGUUUGGUCAGUGUUUCUUAUUUUGUGUCAAUGUGCCAGGGGAAAAAAAAAAAAUAUAUGAAUGUACCAGAAUGUAUUUAUAACAUGGAUGAUUAUUAGCAUUUUUAUUUUACAUUAACUUGAAUUGCAACCAUUUAAGAUCAUCACAACGCUUCAUUUUAAAACUUAAGACACUAACCAGCUUUUAACCUCCCACUGAGUGUUUUCUUAACGUUAGGCCCACCUUGAAAGUAUUAUUAAAUGUUUUAAUGUGUUUUCCCCAAAACUGGUGUGUCAGGACGAUUACUGACAAGUUUAACGGCUAUAUGUCUUUGUUCUGAGCUUCAUCUGUACAUUUUACUGCUUAUGUGUAGUACUGACAGAGUCUUUGUAGCUUUUCUGACUGAAAGCAUUAAUUUAUUUUUCUGCUAAAUCAAGGGGAUUGAAACAAGGCCUUUGUUGUGGUGGGUUGAGGAAGGGGCUUUGUAUGGAAAAAAGAUAUAAUGCAUACGUGAAGGAGAUAAACGGGCGUGCAUUAUUCCAUGUAGCCUAGAUAAUGGCAUAAAUUAACAAUAAUAUCGGGAUACAAUAGUUUUUUAUCUAAAACGUGUGAAGGUUAAACUAACCAGAGUUAUAAAACAUGAAAAGAAAAAAAAAAUGAAAAACUUUGAAGAAACAUCAUGUAGGUUGAAACAUUGUAACAUACUAUUUUAAAUAAAAUGACCUAUUGAGAAAAAAAAAAA